UAGCAAACCGCCGGAGAAGGCCUCUCGUCGGCCCGGAAGAUGGAGAGCGGCGAGGACGCAACUGGGAGGCAUCGCCUGCACUUGCGCCCCGAUACGCUGCGCGACGCCGCCCCCGCCACGCUGCACCUCCUGCCCUGCGAGGUCCUGGCCAGCCGGCCCGCCCCCGUCGAGCGUUUCUUCACCCCUGCCAUCCGCCAGCGGGCCGACGGGCUCGAGGUGUCGUUUCGGGGCCGCACUUUGAGAGGCGAAGAGGUGGUGGUUCCGCCUGGCCUCGCGGGCUACGUGAUGGAGGCGGACGAGAAGGCAGAGGUGUUGACAGGCUUGGGGAGGAAGCACAAAUCGAGGGUCGAGGACGACGGCGAGGGGCAGACUCGCCCAGAGCCGCUGGAGCGGGGCUUCGACCGCUGUAUCGGGGCGACGGCCAGUUUUGACCGCUUCCACCUGUGGGGUCUGGAGACCAUCCCCGGGCCUGACGCCAAGGUGCGUGGGGCCUUGACCUGGCCUAGGCUCGCAGCUGCAGUUCAUGCGCCCGUGCCUGAGGACUGAGGACCAGCCACCAGACUGAAGCCACUGACCCCUGGACACAGCCCCUAGCAAUCAAGCCAUGUUGGAGCCCCCUGCUGCCAGGGCCCACCCAGAAGCCGACUCAAGGGCCCUGACCUGUAGAAACCGUUUAUUGUUGGGGGGUGGGGGUGGGAGUCUGCUUUCUGCAGCCGGGCCCCGCCCACUCCCAGCACCUGUUUUACAAAAGAAAUCUUUACACCAAGCCUGUC